AUGACUGACUUACCACCUAUUCCAAAUUUAAGAAAGCAAUCGUUACUUGGAGCUGAAAAUAUCAUUGCUCAAACUCAUAAUUUUAUAUCUCUACCUUAAAAUGUGGAGAAUAUUAAGCAUUAAAAGUAAAUAGUUAUUUAUAUAAAAGGCGAAACUUCAAUCUGAAAGUAGGUGACAUAAUCUAUUUUAAAUCCUAUUUGAGUGAUGAUUUUAAAGGAGUGAUAUCUGGUGAUGGAAUUGCAAGCAAUAAAUUAGAAUGUAUUCAGAUAUUAGGUAAAAAUAAAUUAUAAGACGUCUAAUCUCAAAAAAGCCUAUAAUGCAAAGUUGGCAGUCUAUCAUUCUAAAAAAGUUUAUUUUAAAUCAUCACAGGCAAAAAAUACUUAUAUUAAAAUUAAUACAAGGAAGAAUAAUAGAAACCUAUUGACACAAUUAGAGAUAUUGCUGCAGAUGAGACAUACUAAAUGGAAAUUGAUAAAUUGACUUCUGAUUAUGAUAAAAGAUUAGAAGAAUUUCAAAAAAAGAGUGAUGAAGAAAUAAAUGAAAAUUAAAGAUUAUACGAUCAUCUUUAUGGAACUAAUAUUGUUUAUGGUUAAGAAAUAUAAUUAUUACAUAUUUAUUCAGGAUGUACACUUUCUCUGAAUAGUGAUAUUUUAGCUAAGGAAAAUUGUUGUAGAGAACUAUCUUUAGAAGAAGAACCAAAUUUAAAUUCAAACUUUAGAAUUUUAUCUAUGAAUUCUGUAAAAAAUCCAGGUGAACCAAUUUUGUAUGGAGAUUAAAUUAUUGUUUAAAAUUCAAGUUAAUCUUAAUGGAAUUUAGGUAUACAAAAACCAUCCUUAAAAUUUGAAAGGAAAGAUGGACUUGAAGUAAAUGCAUCAGAAUAAGCUUAUCCUUUAAAAAUUUCAAGUUAUAUUGAUAAUAAAACAGAAGAAGAAAUCAAUAAAUAAUAAAUAAAGGGAAAAUAUUUAUAGAGUGGUGAUGUUGUAACUAUAAAAAAUAGAUAUUUGGGAGGUUAUUUAUGUAUUAAGAGAAUAUAAAGAAUAACUGAUGGAUUAGAUAAGAAACCAUUAAUUAUUAAAGAUUAUGAGACUAAUAUUAAUUAUUCAAUUAAUCAAUACUAUUUUGAUGUUGAUAAAAUAAGAAAUGAAAAAAUUAAUUAAAUGUAUUAAUUAUUUGUUGAUACUACACCUAAAGCAGAUGAAAACUUAAAUUCUCUAUGGUAAGUUUAGCAUGUUGAUAGUCUAAUAUAUUCAAGACCAACUUAUGAAAGUGUAUUUUUAGUAAGACAUGUUUGUACUGGAUUAUUUUUACAUAUAACAAAUUAAGGAGUUGGAUUAACAUAUGAUGGAUUAAAAAUGGAAUGUUAAGUUAAUUUAAAAUCAAAAAAAACAUCAAAUGAUUCUAUUUCUUAUAGUGAAGCUUGUAAAAUAUAAUCUGCAAUGAAUUUUUCAAUAGAUAAUUAUAUUGCUUAAGAAAGUGUAGUUAUUGUUUGUUUAGAUGAAAGUAAAGUGACUGUGUAAAGAAAAAGCUAAAAAUAAAAUAUUGAAAGAGCAACUUUUCUAUUUAAAUAAACUACUUAAGAUCUUUCUAAAAUAUCAUCUAGACUUAAUUCACUUCAAGAAUAUUUAAUUAAAUUUUAUAUAUUCUUAUAGGAUUGGGGAAUAGUAAAAUCUAUAGAAUAAAAUUAAGAAGAAAAAAGAAAAUAUGAAUAUUAUGAAGCUUUUAAUAAUCAAAAAUUAUUAUUUGAUGAAAUAUUAUAACUCUUUUAAACUUUGGAUAAUCUUAAAAUGUAUUUAACAAAUGAAGGAAAACCUUAAUCAAAUGAAUAAUAAUAAAGUAAAUAAAAGGCUUUAAUGGAUAAUGAUAUUAUUAAUCUACUUUUUGCAAUUUAAAGAUUGUGUAAUUGUAUGAUAUACGGAAAUCUAAGAGAUAAUACUAAAUCUAUUUAAGAUAAAAGUCCAUCAAAAAUAGCUAAGAUGAAAUUAGAUCCAGUAGUAACUUAAUCCUAAAGAAUGAAUUGUAUUUAAGAAAUCUAUUCUGUAUUGAGUUUAUGUGUUUAAAGUAAUCCAGAGACAAGUAAUUAUGUUUUAAGUUUGGAAAUGAAUAAAGAAAGUAUCUUAGAUUUCUUGCUUUAAUAAUUAAAACAUUAAAGAGAACAUGUUUCCAAUUUAAUUAAAGAGAGUGUUCGUUAUACAGAUAUGAGUGAUACAAAAACUAGUAUAAAAAAAUGGGUUAAUGAAUUAUAGCCAAUAACUGAAGAUAAUAUAGAGGAUUAAGCACUUUAUAUAGAAAUUUUAAGUUUAAUGAUGAUAGAUCCUUAUGAAAAUCCAAACUCUAUGUGUUAAGAUUCUUGUAGAAGAUUAUUAUUUGGUACAAAACGUAAACCUGAUUCAUCUCUUCCUUUUCAAAAGGCUUUAAUAGCAUUAGAUAUUUAUGAAGAAAAUUAAAACUAUUAUCCCGUUGUUCAAUUUUCUCCAAAAAGAGAAAAAGGAAUGUUACUAUAAUUAUCACAUUAAUUUGGAUAAAACAAUCCAACUUUUUGUUAAUUAUAUUUGAGAUUUGUUGAGAAAUAGAUAAAAGUUACAUAAAGAUUUAUGACAAGGAGACCUCCUUUAGUUGAUGUAACAAUAGAUUUCUUUACUACAGAGGCUUUAAAAGAAAAUCAAUUAGUAAGAUAGGAAGAUUUUAAAGUAGUGUUACCAAUAUUUUUAAAAUAUGAAAAUUAUUUAAUGAAUGUUAUGGAUUUAUAUUCCUCAUUAUGUAAGGGAAGAAAUUAAAAAAGUAUUAAAUGUUUGAUGAAAAAUUGUUUUUUAAAUGAAAAGUUUUUAGAAAUCUGUUUAAAAAGAUAAUAAAAUAUUAAAACAGAAUUGAGAUUUGAGAGAACUUUAAUUGAAUUAUUUUGUAAUUUAUAUUUAGAUAUUGAUCCAUUAAUAAAAAUAUCAUCAUUUGAUAAUAAAUGUUAUUUGAAUGAUGAUUUAGAUCAAUUUGAUAUUUAAAAUUAAUCAGGAAUUUAUUUCUAUGAAAAUAAUGCUUCAAAAUAAUUAAAAAGAAAUGAAGAAUAUUAAAAAUUCAUUAAUUAAAAAGAGGCAAAAGCAGAACAUCAAUAUUUAAAAUUAUAUGCUUCUAAAAUGCUAUCUAGAAAAUAAAUAAAUGAUGUAAGAAUACACUAUUUAGAAAUAUUUACAUAAAUAGAUUAUCCAGAUCAUUUUAAAGUUCAAGAAUUUAAUAACAAUCUAUUUUAAUCUUUCAAAUCAACUAUUAAUCAAAUAAAUAUUGAUUAUAAAAGAUUAGCCAAUUAUUAAUUAUAGUAUUUCUUGGGAAUUUUAUAAAUUGUAAAAAAUAGUAUAGAUUUGGGAUAUAAUUAAUUAGAUGAAAAUUAAAGAAUAUUUUCAAUAUUACCUAAUAUUUUUGUAGCAUUAAUCUUAUAAUAAAGAUCUGAUAUUAAGAUUCAUAAAUUUAAAGAUAAUGAAAGUUUUGAAUCUAAUCUUUUUAAAUUAAAUUAAUCUAUUGAAAAGAAUGUAUGGGUUACAACAUAUUUACCUACUGCUUAAUAAUUAUAAGAAUAAAGAAAAUCUAAACAUAAAAAAUUAGAUAGAUCUUAGAAAUAAUCUGAAUAAAUUAUCAAAUCAGAUAUUUAAUUUUAAAGAAAUUGGAUUCUUUAAUUUUUGAUUUGGUCAUUUUAAUAUUGUGAAGAUGAUUUAUUAAAAAUGAAAAUUUACUUAGAAGGUUUACAAAUUCUAAAAAUAUUUGGAUUUUUAAAAUUGAAUCUUUAAAUAUUAGAAUUUCUAUUUAGUAAAUAAUAAUUAAAUGAAUCAAAUUUAAGUUCUCCAAGUUCUAGAGAUCUAGAUUAAUUUGAUUUUAAUGAAAUUCCAAAUAGUAAUUAAGAAGAUUAGAUAAAAAAAUAAAAAACACCAGCAUAAAAAGCUAUAUUUAAUGUGUUUAAAGAACCAGAUGGUAAUAGAUUUAGCGCUUUAUUAUUUUCUUGUUUACUUUCAUCAGAAAAAAGGAAUAAAUUAAAUGAAGAAUUACUAUAAAUUUUAAUAGAUAACUUUCAUGCACCUAAAAAUUCAACAAAUGAAAUUAAAGAAGUAGAAAUUAUAGAUAAUUUAAUGGAAUUAAAGUAUUUUUCAAUAAUAAAUGGAAAUUCAAGUGCUGUUUAGAUUAUUAGUCCAAAAGAAGCAUAAAUAUUAACAAAAAGAGCAGUAAAAUUCAUUCAAAAUUCUAAAAGAAAAAGAAAUGCUUAAAAAAGAAUAACAUCAUUUGAUACCUUAAAAAAUUAUUAAUCAAAAAUAAUAGAAUAAUUUGAAUAGUUCUUUAAACCAAAUUCUUAAGAGGCUUAAUAUUUAAAAUCAUUUUAAAAUAUUGUUAGAAAUGCAGGUGUUCAUAUGGUAUUUCUAGAAUUUCUAAUAAAACCCAAAAGUGUAUGUAGUUCUCCUGAUAUUGUUUAAUUUUAUAAGAAAUUAAUUUUGUUUUUUGAAUAUUUCAUAAAGGAUAAUGAAACUAAUAUAGGAAUUCUAGCUUAAAAUUAGUAUUUAUAUAAAUUACUUGAUAUAAUCUAAAUUGAUUAAUAGGAAGCUGAGGAUUGGUAUUAUGUACCAAUAAAAAUUACUAAAAUUAUAGUAUAAUUACUGGCUACAAUUCCAUUAUCUGAACAUGAUAAUUUUAUUAUAAAUGUUUUUGAUAGAAUUGAAAAAAUAGGAAAUGAAUUAAUGACAAGUUAAGAUUUUUUUGUGAAUGCCUUUAGUUUAAGAGAUGUAUUUUUUGAAAGAAAGAUUACUCCAAGAAAGCAAUAUUUGGAUGCUGUUGCUUAUUUUAGUUUAAUUCAAUAUUUAAGAAUUUUAAGAUCAUUAACUAAAACUUUUGAAACUCCUGCUGAAUAAUCUCCUCUCAAUAAACAUUUGAUUUUAAGUUCCAUUUUAAAAAAUGAUUUUUUGAGAAUUGUAUUAGAACCAGUAAAUUACUAUAAAAAGAUAUUAGUUCCUGAAUAAGAAUUAGAAUAGUAAAAUGGAACUGAUAAAUUAUAUUAUCAUAGAAUAAAAUUGCAUGCUUAAUUGAUUAUUUUAAUUACUGAAUGUUGUUAAUAUUAUAGAUUAGGUAUUCAAGAAAUGUAAAGAAUAAUAUUAUAUGAAUAACUUAAAUCAAUACUUUUAUAUUCAAAUGCUGAAUAUAUUGUUAAGAGAGCCUAUUUAUAAUGUUUAUUUGAAUUAUAUAUAAAUAAAGCAAAAGAGGGAGAUUUUAUAAAUGAUACUGUUGAGAGUGAUGAAGUAAGAGAUAUUUUAUCCAGAAUAAUUAUACCUGAGUUAGAUUAGAAACAGAUAUGUAAAUUUUUAGAAGGGUUAGCAAAAUUAAUUAAUUUAGAUUAAAAUAAAAAGGUUACUCAAAGGGAUUUGAGAGAAUAAAUUGCAAGAUAAAAAAGAAAUUAUUUUGAAAAAAGAUUAUCUAUAGAUUCAGCAUCAGAUAAAGAAUUAGGAAUACUUAGAGAUUGUAGUGAAUUUUGGACAUAUUUAAGAAAGAAUGGUAUUAUUCAUUUUUUAGUAUAUACAUAUGAUGAAAUGAAAGAUAGAAUUGAUAUAGAAAAUCCAGAGAAUUCAAAUUUAUCAGAUGAAUUUGCAAUUAUUAAAUAAAAUGUACAAAAGAUAAAAGAAAUAUUCAAUGUUUUAGAAAGAGAUUUUAGAGUAAAGAAAGAAGAUUUGGAUUUAGAUGAUUAUAGAGAACUAAUUAUAUCAAUUGAGGAAAUUAUACCUCAAAGAAAAAUUACAAAAUUUGGUUAGAAUUUUAGAAUUGGAUUUAUAUAAGACAAAAAUAGUGAUAAAUUAUUAUUUGAUAAAUAUGAUACUUUAAAAGAAGAUUAAAAUGGAGAAAAAAAAUUAUAAGAAUAAGAUAAUGUUUAAAGGAUUGAAAACCCAUUUAAGAGGAAUUUUAAAAUAUAUUUGAUAAGAUAUAAAGUAAAUAUUUUGUAGUUUUGUUAUUUUAUUGAAAAAAGUGCUUCAGAAUUAACAGAUUAAGAAAAAUCAAGAAAAAUUGUCAAGACUUGUAAUGUUUAUAAAUAGUACAUUUAAUUAAAAGAUAUUGAAAAUAUAUAUUAAACUGAUGUGGCUCGUAUCAAAAAUCAAGAAUCUGUAAAUAACAGAAAUAAACAAUUUGUUGAUUGGGAAUUAUUUAAAUAAGCAAUGAGAGAAUCAUUUGAAAGAAAGUUUAAUGCUAAUAUAACUUCUUAAUCAAUUUAAGCUUAUAAACGUUAAUAAGAUAGUUUGGAUAGUUUAAAAAAAGACUUUUAAUUAUCUACUAUUCGAUUAAUUGCAAAAUAUUAUAAAAAAUUAGGAGGAUAACUUGAAUUAAAUGGAAAUUUAAUUUCUGAAGAUGUUUAAAUAGAACUCUUAAUAAAAACAUUAGAAAAAUAAAGAACUAAUGUAUUUAAUUUAGAAAAUCUAAACAACUUUUUAAAAAAAUGUUAAGAAAUAUUUUUAAAUAAAGAAAUAUAUUUAAUCAAACUUUGUAGAAUAUUUUUAUCAUUAAAAAGGCCAACUUAAGAUGAGAUGGAUUCUUUGACUGAAGCAAAAGAUGAAGAUUCUAAAUAAGCUGUAAGAGAAAAGAAAGAAACAUAUGUUAAAUUUUAAAGGGCCAUGGCUGAUGGAGAACUUGAUAUUUUAGCUUUGGAGAUGUUAAAUUAAACAGAUGAUGAUAAUUAAAAAAUUGAAGCAUUAUCUUUUCUUAUUCAUUUAUUAGAUUAUGGAAAUGAAUAUGUAUAGAAAAAGUUUUAUAAAUUGUUAAAAGAAGAACAUGUAAAAUAAAAGUUUUUAGUAUUUCUAAGAGGAUUCUUUUUGAUAGAUUUAGAUGUUAGAAUUAAAGAAUUAGAAUUAACUGAAGGAGACAAUACUGAAUAUAAAUUACUAUGUCUUAAAGUACUUUAAUUUCUUCAAGCUUUAUGUGAGAAUGUAAAUAUGGAGUUUUAGAAAUUUUUAGUAUUUUAAUAUGAUGAUGAUUCAUAUUAAGCUAAUAUCAAUAUAGUAAAUGAAGUGGCAGGCUUAUUGGCUGAUCUUUUAGAGAAAGGAUAAAAAGUUUUUUAUAAAUUAUAAGAAAUCUAUAGAUAAGCAUUAGAAAGUUUAGUUGAAUUUUCUACAGGUUAUGUAGAAAAUAAAAAAGAAUUAUGUAAAAAUGCAAGAUUAUUCACUUUAUUAAAUUCAAUUUUACAAAAAUAGGACCUAUUAAAUUUUAGUUAGCUCUAUUAAGAAAAUAGAAUGAUAUUAAAGGAAAAACAAUAAAUGAAUUAGACAUUAGAUGAAGAUAUUGUUAUAGAUAAUGGAGGAAUAGGAUCUGAUGAAGGAAAAAAAAAGUAUGCUUCAUAUUAAACAUUAUAAUCAUUUAUUAAAUUGUUGUUAUUAUUAACUUAAGGUAGAGCAGAUAUUUAAUCAUUGGAAUUUAUAUUAAAAACAGUUGAUAUUACUAUUUUGAUAAGGAUAGCAAAAUCAAUUUAUGAGGAAAGAAUCAAACCUAAAUAAAGGAACAUUAUUUUAGAUAAUAUUUGUGAUGAAUCAGAAACAGGAAAUCAUAAACAUUGUACUAAUAGUUUAUGUCAUUUUGGAUUAAGAACAGAUGAAGACAAUAUGUUAAUAUAAACAGGAUUUAAUAUAUUUAUUAUUUGUCUAAAAUUAUCAGAACAUUUUCCACAUGAUUCUUAAUUGGAAUUAUUUUUAUUUGAUGAGGAAUAAGAAGAAUAAGAAGAUCUAUUAGAUUUAGAUGAUUUUCAAGAAGAAGAAUUAUAAAAAAAGAAGACAUUGUCAAAUUAAAAGAUUUUACCUAUUAAUCCAGGAAGCAAAUAUGAUUAUAAUUAAGAUGAAGUUGAUGGAUUAUUGAUUAAAGAAGAAUAAAAAUAUGAAAAUUAAAGUUUAAAAAAAAUGUUAUUGGAUGUUCAAAAUGAUAAAAAUUAUUAAUUUGAUAGAACAUAAAGAUUCUUUAAAUUUUAUAGAUAAUUCACUGGAAGAAUAGAAAUAUAAAAUGAAUUCAAUCAAUUAGAAAAAGUCUUUUUUUAAAAACCAUUUGUUUGUAAUUUUAUUACUCCAAAUAUUAAAUAACAUUUGAUUUAUGAAAUUAAUAGAGAAACAGAUGAAGAUAGAAUGUUAGGAUUAAUUGAAUUUUCUGAAUUCUAUUAAGUUUAAAUGAGACAUUCUUAAUAAAUUAAUAAUAGAAAGGUUAUGCAUUUUGGUGCAGUAUAUUGGAGAUUAUUAAAGGAUGUAUCCUUCUUAUUAUGUCUAAUUAUUGUAGUUUUACUUAUCUUUAUGCAUGAUACAGUAUUAAAUAGUAAAAUAGGAUCAAAUAGUGAUGCACCUGAAGAUUCAAAUGUAACAUCUGGAGAAAGCUUUGUUAGUUAUUUAAAUAAUGUAUAGAUUUCUUAUUCUAUAUUAGAUAAUUACUAUUGUUUAGUUAGUUUUAAAUUUAAUUAUUGUUUUCUUUUGUGCUAUUGAAAGAUAUCCUAUUUCCAUUACAUAUAAUAGAGGAUAGACAAACGCAAAGAGAGUACAAAUCUUAAAAAAAGAAGCAGGAUUUUAGAUUUCAUGGGUGACAAUGAAAUAUUAUAGUUUGAUAGGAUAUUUUGAAUCAGAAUUCUAAGAAGAUUAAGUUAAUCAAAGUUCAAUUAAGAAAUUAAUUUUAGUAAUAUUUUUCGACUUUGAUAAUUUCUAUAAUGUAAUAUUUAUUUAUUUAAAAUAGAUUUGCAUUUUUGGGCUAACCGUAUAUGCAUUCUUUAAUCCUUAUAUUUAUGCUGUACUCUUAUUGGAUAUUGUUAAAAGAUCAGAGGAUCUCUAAAAUAUUAUUAGAUCAAUUACAUCUAAUGGUCGAAAUUUAGCCAUCUUUUCAUUCUUAGGGUUGAUUGGUUUGUUAAUCUAUGCAAUUAUUGCAUUCUCUAAUUUUGAUUCUAUGUUUGAUGAUGAAAGUGGUGUAUAUGGCUAAACCUUUAUUCUUGCUGUUACUUCAACAAUCAAUUUUGGAUUAAGAAAUGGUGGAGGUUUAGGAGAAUCUUUGACUAAAUAUCCUGAUGCUUAUGAGGAUCCCACCUUAUAUUGGGGUAGAUACUUUUUUGAUUUUACUUUUUUCAUCAUUUUCAACAUUCUUUUUAUCUAAAUCAUAUUUGGUAUCAUUUUAGAUACUUUUGGGGAAUUAAGAGAUGAAAGAUAAGCUUUGGUUAAAGAAAUUGAAGGAAAAUGCUUUAUUUGUAGCUAAGAUAAAAAUGAUAUUGAUACAAAGUAAAAUAUUUAUUUAUUAUUUUAUUAGAGGUACAAAAGGAUGGCAUUAUCAUAUAUACUUGGAACAUAGUGUAUAUCAUAUGUUAUAUUUCAUAAUUUAUAUUAAAAAUAAAGAUCCAAAUGAUUGCAAUGCAUUAGAGAAAUAUGUUAAUAAAUGUAUUCAAGAAAAAGAGACUAAAUUUUUCCCUUUUGGUAGGGCCCUUUAAAUAGAAGAAUAGGAAGGAGAUUAAGAAUAAAUAGAAAAAUAAUGA